AUGGCGCAGCAUCAAGACCUCAAAAGAAAAGGAGGUGCUCCUGACCAUCAGGCAGUAAUAGAAAAUGCCCGGCCUCCACCUCUGAGUAUUGAAGUGCCUAAAAUGAGAGAUCUUCCAAACAAGUCAAAACCAUGGAGUGAUGUCCAGUUUCCUGUUGACAUUCUCUUAUUGACAGUGGAAGACUGUGAGUUCUUGGCUUGUUAUACAUACUUGACAAAUGCCUUUAAAAGUUAUCAUGUGAACCUUGGACAUGUGUACUUUGGGACAAUGGGUGAAAGUGGAGAGGAAUCACUGAAAGUUGCUUUGAUGAGAUGUUCUAAAGGUUCUUCUGGUCCAAGUGGUUCUUUAGUUACCGUCAAAACUGCAGUGGUGCAACUGGGACCCAAAGCUGUGUUUUCUGUUGGCUGCUGCAUUGGUUUAAACCAGAAAGGCACCAACUUAGGAGAUGUGGUUGUAUCCUCUACACUAACAACUGAUGAAUUCACAGCCCCUGUAAGAAGGAAUAUUGCCAACCUGAUCAGAUUUUCAACUGAAGGAUGGAAUCCACCAUUAAAAGAUCCAGCAGCUGGAGAACGAGUACAGGUACACCGUGACAGCAGCAUAUUGAGUGGCGUUAAUGAGCCAGCCAUUCCCAAACAACGCCGUAAGUCAGAGUCUCAUUUGAUUGCUUCGGAAAGGGAAGGAGAAGGUAAGAUUUUUUAACAGUUUAUGUUGGGUUUUCAUACAAAUCAUAUGCCAGGACCCUAGAUUUUACAGUUUCAGAGAACUGGGCUCCCUUCAAUUUUCCUCAGGGCAUAGCUUUGAAAUUAAGAAACGUUCAGUUAUUACUAUAGUGAACUUGUAUAAUGUAAAAGCAUUAAUUUCCAUGUUGAGAAACUAAGAAUAUUGAGUUAAAAUUCAGCUUUGUGUUUGUCAGGUUCAACCAUUAUAUAUACACCUGAAAAAUCUCAUUUUGUGUGGUCUUUAUUUUUCUUUCCAUUUAUAGGACUGUUUGCUGCAGCCCAGGAUUUGAACCUUGAAUGGGUGAUUGUUAAAGGGAUAUCUCAUUUUUCUAAUGAUAGUAACACUCCUGAUGAGUCCUGGAAGUCAUUUGCGUCUAUCAUGGCAGCUUCUCUUGUGUCCAACAUGUUAAAUGAUCCAGUUGUUUUUAAAGAAUGGCCUCACUAUGAAGGUAUU